AUGACAGAAACGCGACCACUACUAGCUCAAUCUGUCAGCUCAUCCGCAGGAUCAGGAACGACGAGCUCAAGACAUGUGCGGAUCACCCGCUGGCAAAAUCUUAAUGCACCGCAGUAUUAUGAGACUAUUUACAACACAUUGGUAAAUUAUUCGCCAGCCAGUGUCGUGGUAUUUGGUGGUUUAUCAAUACUCAUUGGCGUGUUCGUACUGAUCCACACGCAGCACCUCGUUGCAUCGGCAGACCAUUUGCGCAGCUCAAUAGGCAUAGUGGGUCCAGCAUGA